GAGUGGGGAUAACUAUACGUAAACGUGUAACCGAAAUCGGAGAAUAGUGUAACCAGUUGUAGACCAACAGUCGUUCAGUUAAAUUUCAAUCGUCUUGUUCUGUGAAUCCAAAGGAAACAUUCAAGAUGGGUUGUGGACUGGGAUUAAUAAAAUAUCUUCUAUUUAUAUUUAAUUUCAUCUUCGCAUUAUGCGGUCUAGCUAUUCUCAUAGUUGGUGUAUUAAUGCACAUAAAUAUUAACAAUUACCAAGAUGCUAUACAUGAAAAUAUUUCUUUCCCUUCGAUUACGUUCAUCGUCAUUGGCAGUAUUAUUUUUGUCAUUGCAUUCUUCGGAUGUUGCGGAGCUAUACGUGAAAGUCAUUGCAUGACGAUAACCUUUGCAUCGUUCCUACUUACGAUAUUUAUAGUACAAGUUGCUGUUGCGAUCUACGCAUUUGUUGUCUUCAAAGAUUCUAAUAUAGAUGUUAAUAAAUCUUACUCUAAAUUAUUCAACGAAUAUUGGAAUACUAGUACGAGUCGAGAAAUUGUAGAUAUCGUUCAGAAGAAUUUGGAAUGUUGUGGUAUCAAUUCAAAAGCUGAUUACCAAGGAAGCGCUCCUUUCAAUGGGACUAUACCUUGGAGUUGUUGCAGUGACGUUGAACAGUUCUCAGUAUGUCCAAAUAAUCAGGCCUUUAACCAAGGAUGUGCCAAGGCCUUAAAAGAAUUCCUUGUUUAUGCUGGAGCAGUAUUGGGUGGUGUUGCAAUUGGUAUAGCUGCAGUCGAAUUGAUCGGUAUUAUAUUCGCACUAUGCCUAGCAAAUUCGAUUAAGAAUUCUGAAAGAAGAGGUUACAGGGUAUAAAGGAGAGUAAAUCAAUAAUAAUAUCAAAAAUAAUAACAACAACAACAACAACAAAAACAACAACAAC